AUGGUCAAUGAAAGUCAGCCUACAUUAUUCGGGAUUCCCAACAGUUUGCCAGGGUUUGGCAAGCAACACUCUGUUGACUCCUCUUCCUCUGCCACCCUCCUCCUUAAAAUUGAAUCAUCCACCAUCACAACUUCUGUGAAUAAGGCCUUCGAGGAUAGCUCCUCCUUCGACUACUACCUUAAGCCAAUUGCAGGGAAGGCAAUAUACACCAUCACUGUCACCACCGAUUCCCUAUCUCCUUCCUCCAAGCGCGUGAAACCCUCGCCUGUCGAAUCGUCCUCCUUAACUCAGCCACUUGUCCUGGUUGACUUGCAGAAGAAUGGGAUUCGACUCGUCUACACACUCAUGGUGUGCAUGGAGGCAGUCCACCAGAAUAAUCUGCCUCUUGCAGAGGCACUUGUAAAGUAA